GCUGUUCAUUCACUCUCAGCCUGCGUGGGAGCAACACGACACCUCAGACAUGAGCGGACGAGUGGGAGACUUGAGCCUGAAGCAGGAGGAGAUCCUAAAUGAGUUUCGAGGGAAAAUCCUCGACAUCCUCCCCAGCCUGCCUGCACAGCAUGACCACUACCUCCUGCGCUGGCUCCGAGCCCGGAGCUUCAACAUUCACAAAUCCGAGGCCAUGAUCAGGAAGCACGUGGAGUUCAGGAGGAAGAUGAACGUAGACAACAUCAUAGCUGACUGGAAACCUCCAGAGGUGAUAGAGAAGUACGUUUCUGGAGGGAUGUGUGGCUACGACAGAGAGGGGAGUCCUAUCUGGUACGAUGUGAUCGGUCCUCUGGAUCCUAAAGGUCUGCUGCUGUCGGCCACCAAACAAGACUUCAUGAAGACCAAGAUCAGGCACACGGAGAUGCUGCAGAGGGAAUGUCGGAGGCAGUCAGAGAAGUUGGGGAAGAACAUUGAAGCCAUCACUCUGAUCUACGACUGUGAAGGACUGGGACUCAAACACAUCUGGAAGCCGGCCAUCGAGGCUUAUGGAGAGAUCCUCACCAUGUUUGAAGAAAACUAUCCAGAAGGGCUGAAGAGAGUGUUCCUUAUCAAAGCUCCUAAAAUGUUUCCAAUGGCCUACAACCUAAUCAAACACUUUCUAUGUGAGGAAACCCGGCGUAAGAUCGUUGUAUUAGGAGGUAACUGGCAAGAAGUGCUGCGUAAACAUAUCGACCCUGAGCAACUUCCUGUCGUAUAUGGAGGAACCCUGACAGAUCCUGAUGGAGAUCCUCGCUGCAAAACCAUGAUAAAGUACGGAGGCAUAGUGCCCAAGUCGUACUAUGUUCAAGACUCGAUAAAAGUCCAGUAUGACAACAACGUGACCAUCAGCCGAGGCUCCAUGUUCCAACUGGAGUACGAUGUUAAAACACCCAGCACCUUACUGAGGUGGCAGUUUGCCAGUGACGGAGCGGAUAUCGGCUUCGGAGUCUACAGACGGACUAAAGAGGGCGGUCAGAAGGUGGCCGACAUGCUGCAGGUUCUUCCCAGCGAGCGCUACAAUGCUCACCUGGUCCCCGAAGACAGCGGCCUCACCUGCCCCGAGCCCGGAGUCUACGUGCUGUGUUUUGAUAACAGCUACAGCAUCCUGUCAUCGAAGAGGAUCAGCUACAAAGUCGAAGUUCUUCCUCCUUCAGAAGGACAGACGACUGCAGUGAACAAGACCGGGGACAGACGGCUGCAGUGAAAAUAUCCACCUCUAAAAACACAAGCAUCAAUCUCUACUUAUGCAUCAAAGUCCUUCCCUUAAUUCAGAAUCUUCUCUUUUGCUUUGACCCUGUUUACAUUUAGUCAGUUGACAGGAUGGUCUGGGGUUAUGCAAUCAGAUAUUAACUGUUUUCAGUGUGCAUUUAGGAGCAUCCACAGAAAGCGUUACGGAUUAACUCUUGGUAUCCAAAUGCUCAAAACACAUAAACCCAUGCAGGUGCAUUGCACAAACUGAGUGGUUGUCUGUCUCUGUUUUUGUCUUUCUCAUAAAAGGAGCAGACUAAAAACUGUAUGCAUUUUAUUGUGGAAACCUCCUUUAGCAUUAGUGAGAUCUCACAUGUUUAAGACGAUUACUUUAACUUAAUUUUAUGACAUGAGAAAUAUUUUAUAUUAGCAGCAUUUCAAACCAGAAUCACUUGAACUUUGUGUUAUUUAAGGAUGAAGGAACAGUCUUCAUCUUAAUCAUGUUAUUGUAAUUAUACUGUAAAGUUUAUGCAUUUUCUGCACCAUUUUGACUGAAUUUUUAUGGUUUAAUUUUUUAAAAGCGGUGCAAACCAGUCGAGGUAAAAGGAGUAAAGUUACUCAGAGAUGGAGAUUACACAUGUGAUUUUUGUAUAAUUAUGCUCUUUUUAUUAUUUUUGCCUAAAUUGUUAAAACAAUGUGUACUAUAUUAUGUUUAAAUGAAAGAAGUUUAUAAUAACCAUACAUGUGCUGUCUUAAUAUUGAUAGAGACAACAAAGAAAAAUAAUAUGGUGAUUUUUCUUAGUCUGAUCUUAUUUAUGUAAAAAAGAAUGUUACGAAUAUUUUUGCAGACGACCUUCAUUUAAAUUCCUCUUUUUUUUGGAAUUAUCAAAACAAGUAGAGAGAAAAGUCUGCAGGAGUAUUUUACAGGGUUAAAAAAACACAAAAGUGUGUUGUUGUAAUUCCCAUUUUAGCUACUGGAGGCUGUAUUUAGCCCCAGUUCUACCCUGUUUUUAAACCAGGACUAAAAGUUUCUGUUCUUUUAUUUCUCGUUAUUUUAAACACUGGACAUUUCUUUUGCAUGUUCUGUAUCUUGUAAUGUGAACAAAUGAUAGAAAAUAUUACUAUGUUUGCAGAGAAGGAAUGAUUUACAACACAUGAAGGAUAGGGUCGUGGUGCAGUGCAGCCUCUUGUGGUCAAAAUGAGUACUACAACAACAAACACUAAAAGACACUGAUCAAGGCUGUUUCCCCCUCCUGUUUUUUCAAAGAUAAACAUGUUUUAAAGCUGGGAAAGAUAUGUUUCUAAAUAGAAAUACAAAAGGGGAAUUAACAGAGAAAUUAAAAUCAAGCUUGGUGAAUCAUCCACCAGAUUUGUUUUUAACUCUUACAGGUUUUCAGAAAUCCACCCUUUGACGUACGGACUUUUUGAAAAUGAUUGUUUAAUUUAUGAAGAAUAUUUGUCACAAUAGUUUGUAUAUUAAUGAAGCUCAUAAUAAAAGCAGAAUUGUGUAUAAAAGAGA